UAUAUCCCCCACACAGUUACGUGUUAGUUGACUUGUAUCAGAUGACACAAAUGUGACGAAGCCGCGUUAAUGGAGAAAAAAUAAACAUAGAGGAAACAGAAGAUGAAAAUGAUAAGAAGAAAUAGAUGGGUAUGCUUAGUUAAAUUGAGAACUAGCAAAUUGUUGCAUUGCUUCAGUUAUGGUCGAUUUACUGGCGUCUAAUUCACAGCUAAAACAUUUUGAAGGUGAUAAUGCUCUGUGUAGGGAAAUAUGGAGGGCAUGUUCUGGUUCAUUGUUGGAUGUUCCCAAGCUUGGGGAGAGAGUCCACUACUUCCCCAGACUUCACAUGGAUCAGUUGGAGCAGUCAUCCAAUCUGGAAUGGAUUCAAGGACUACAACUGUCCCAUCUUCCCCGAAAGAUACUAUGUCGGGUUCUUCAUAUUCGUCUUCUGGUCGAACAUGAAACAGAAGAGGUCUAUGCUGAAACUGUAUUGUUGCCAAAUCAAGAACAAAAUGAGCCAUCAACUCCAGAGUUUUGUCCGCUUGAACCUCCAAGGCCCCAGUAUCAGUCAUUUUGCAAGGCUUUAACUACCUCUGACAUAAAAAGUAACUGGGGAUUGUCUGUGCACCGGAAAGAUGCUAACAAAUGCUUCCCUCCCCUGGACAUGGCGCAAGAAAAACCAAUCCAAGAAUUGAUAGUCAACGAUCUUCAAGGCAAUGAAUGGCGCUUUAAGCAUGUAUUCCAAGGCCAACCUCGGAGGCAUUUGCUCACAAAUGGCUGGGGUGCAUUUGUUACUAGUAAGAAAUUGCUUGCCGGGGAUUUAGUUGUGUUCUUAAGGGAUGAAACCGGCAAACUACAUGUCGGGAUUAGGCGUUUAUCUUAUCAAUGCAACUCCAUCGGAUCAUCAACAUUUUCAAGGCAAAGCAUGGAAGGGGUUCUUGCAGUUGCUUCCCAUGCCUUUGCAACCCGAAGUCUCUUUUCUGUCUACUACAAGCCAUGCCACAAUAGAUCAAGUCAAUUUAUUAUGAGCUUGAGCAACUAUUUUGAAGGUGGAAACCAUGGGCCUGGAGUUGGCACAAUAUCUAGAACGCAACAGAGCAGUUUGGAUUCUCAUGUGAAAAGAACAAGUGGUAUGGACCAGAUGUCAUUUCCUCAGGGUCAACACACGACAAAUCUUUUGCUCGAGGAGGAUCAAUACAUGCAAGAAUCAGAAGCAAUAUCCAAUUCUGCUCGACCUACUAUGAUGGCUUUGGAGAUCGGACAACAGUCAGUUGAAUCGCUUAACAAUAUCCAUCAUAUAGAAGACAAUGUACUGCAACCGCAUACAGCAGUUGCAAGGGAGAAUAAUGAGGGAUUUAUUCCGAAUGAAACUGUGGCCAUCCAAGCUCAAGAUGAGAACUUUGAUGAGUUAUUCAAAGAAACUGAUUUUCCAGACUUUGUAAACACUAGUCUUGAUACGAUAACUUUGGAUUGGGAUAGUGAUCUCCGGUCCACUAUACAAGAUUUUGAUGAAUGGCUUGAAGAGCAAGAAGAGACUAAUCCUCCCGGUAUGCAGACUUGUUCAGAAGAUCACUCGAGACAGACUUCUUCCAUAUUAGAGCAACCAACAUCCUCCCAAGUGAUGUCUAUAUCUUCUACCCCAAGUCGAAUUCCCUAUAAAGGACCUGGUCGUGGUGACGAGCAAGUUCCUUGGGGAAGAUAUCAAGUAGCACGACGAUGUUUACCAAUACUCAAUAGGGUUGUCUCGCGGUACCCUAAUUCACUCGUGAACUUCAAGGUUGCAAGUAGCAUAUUUCAGUCACUGCAUUUGGAAAUACUGGCAGAACUAGUCUACUCUCUUGAUAAUCUUACAGUAAUGAACUUGUCCAAGGAUCAGUUCAAUGUUGCUGGGCAACAUCUCUGGGACUUAAAGUCAAGCGGCAUUGAAUUAGGAUGGCUUGAAAAGCGUUUAGCACAUAUCGAUGGAGCAUUUAGUAUGGGAAAUUUACUGCAACGGCGACAAGCAGUCACACUUAGAAUGGGGGAGACUUUAGCUACAUUUAGGCAGUUGGAUGAGGAGCUUGGAUGUAUAAACAAGGAGCUUCAUGAACUAUCUCUAAAGGUUGGACCAAAUCCCCCCAUGAGAUUCCACCCUGUCUUGGAAGGUCUGUUGUAGCUUUCAGUAAAUUUAUCCUCUUUCCAUUUGACUGCAUGGUAAGGAGAAAAAUCCCAACACAGUCCACUAUCUUUGGACGUAGGCUCAAAAUAAUCCUAUUUCUUUUAUGCGAAGUGCUAAUAGUCCACAUUCUUUGACCAA